AUGGAGGAGGUGGGAGCAGGCUUUGCCCACAUGGCUGGUCAUGAGGCCUUCCGCUAUGUGGCUGGUGCAAUAGAUGGAUGCCACAUCCGAAUUGUCCCACCUGCUGAACCACAAAAGAGGUGCUACAUUAAUCGCAAGCUCUUCCCUUCAGUUAUCCUUCAGGGGGUGUGUGACAGCAGAGGAAAAUUCCUGGACACAUACGUUGGCAACACAGGGUCAGUCCAUGACGCCCUUGUCCUCCGGAGGUCACCGAUGUACAAGGAGUCUCUGUAUCCACCACCUGGCUUCUUUCUCCUUGGAGAUGGGGGGUACCCAUGUCUGCAGCAUCCGGUCACCAUCAUGACGCCAUACCGGCAGCCUGUAGCCGGCCAAGUUCAAGCACGCUUUAACAAGCACCAUGCCAAGGCCAGGAGCAUCAUCGAGCGCUGCUUUGGCAUGCUUAAAACCCGCUGGCGAGCAAUAUUCCUGAGGGCUUUGGAGAUCCGGCCUCUAUUUGCCCCAAAAGUCAUCUCAGCAUGCUGCAUCCUCCACAACCUUUGUCUGUUGACCGGGGAUAUUCUGGAGGAGGACGAGGAAGAGGAGGAUGAAGAACAUCAGGGUAACGUUCCUGAUCAAGGUGAUCAGGAACUCUCCGGCAUUCAUCUUCGUGCAAGACUUGCUGCACAGGUGUCUGCCCCUGGAGAGCUGCCUGCAUUUCUAAGGGAGCAUGACUAUGAGCAAUAA